AUUUCGAAUUUAGAAGUUAGGUAAGAGUACCUUGCUAUGUUUUUGGUAGGGUUUGGAGUAACUUUAUUGGGUUUUUCUAAAGUUCUUGAAUACUCUAAUAUUGAAUAGUCCAUGAUGUUGAAAGCUACAUUUCGAAGUUAGAAGAUCGUUAGGGUGCUCUCCAUUAGAAUUAAGGCUACUUUGAUAAGUGUUUAGUAAGAUUUGGGUCAUUUUAGUAAGUUUUGUGAAUACCCAUUUAGUUUCGACAUGAAAUUUCCGUUACCAUAUUGUUUGAAUGGAAGAUUGGAGACUUUAGAGAACUAUGAAGUGUUGUUCACCUUACUUAAAGAUUGUUAAGGACAAGUGUGGGAGUUAUUGACUUGUUAGUUUGGCAUUAAGUUUGUUGAAUUGAUCUAAAUCUCUUAAAUUGUUGAUAUUGAGAAUAAGAGCAUAUUAGUAUAAAAGACCCAUUGAAUUUAUACUAAGUUUGGAUGCUCAUUUGGUUAAGAGUUUAAUGUGAAGUUUAAGGGUGCAAAGGUGGAAUUUUUAGCCUAGACUAAAGCAUGUAGGUAAAAAUUCAAUCUAAGUCUUGGAAGAAAGAAAUUGAAGUCUUCACACCUAAUUAGAUUUCAAAGGAACCAAAUGCAUAAACCAAUAGGAAAACACAAAUGGAGACAAACCCAGCACAAAAUGGACCUCCCAUGCACUCUGACGCACCGACGUUUGAGGGAUGAGGCAAUGUCUUCUGGCUGUGCGUGAAGCUCAUGUACAGCUCUUUCCAGCGAGCGAUGAACUCAGAUAGGGGCGGAUGGUGGGGGCGCUCCUUCUGAGGUAGUAUCUGCUUCUAGUGUCUGCUUCAUAUCUUUAAAGAUGCUUCCUCUUUCCCUCCUAAAGACUGCUCAAGGACACCCAAUGUUGGUGGAAUUGAAAAAUGGUGAGACUUACAAUGGCCAUUUGGUUAAUUGUGACACAUGGAUGAACAUUCAUCUUCGGGAAGUCAUCUGCACUUCUAAAGACGGUGAUCGGUUUUGGCGAAUGCCCGAAUGUUAUAUCCGUGGUAAUACAAUCAAGUAUUUGCGAGUUCCAGAUGAGGUUAUUGACAAAGUUCAGGAAGAAACCAAAAGCCGUGCAGAUAGGAAACCUCUGGGUGUAGGGCGUGGACGAGGAAGAGGGCGUGAGGAUGGUCCUGGUGGCAGACCAGCUAAAGGAAUGGGGCGAGGCUUUGAUGAUGGUGCAAAAGCUUCUACUGGCGGCCGUGGAAAGGGUGGCCCUGGUGGGAAACCUGGUGCCAACAGAGUUGGAGGCAGGGGACGAGGUUGAUCAGAUUGAUAUCGGUAACAGAUGAAAUGGACUAAUUACAUAUGCAAGCUCUGCCCAGUUUUCAAGUCGGCAGCCGUGUGUUUUCUGUUUUAUGCAUCUUCUUUUGGUCUGGAUUCAUGAGUGAAUAUUUGUGAGAUUUUAGUGCCAGACCUCUGCGAAAGUUAUAAACUAGACAAACGGUUCAUUUUAAUUAAUGGUGUAAUUGAUUGCAAAUUUGGUUUAUAGUUUUGGGGAUUGGAAUGUAGAUAGUUUCAUGUUUCCAGAUGUUUUCUGUUGACCUUGGAGAGGCUGUCAUAAAUUUAGCCACACAAAUAUCUGAAAGUUAAAACUAAGAUCAAAGUCUCUCAAUUAGUACUGUGAGUAUAGAGGUUCAUUUUGAUUA